AUGUUGAAGACUCUUGAGAGGUACCAGAAGUCUAACAAUGGGGCACCAGAGAUGACUAUGACAUCAAGAGAGACUCAGAGUAGUCAAGCUGAGUACUUAAAACUCAAAGCACAAGUUGAAGCUUUACAAAGAUCCCAGAGAAAUCUUAUGGGCGAGGACCUUAGUCCCCUUGGUGCCAAGGAUCUCGACAAGCUGGAACAUCAGUUGGAAGCAUCUCUUAAGCAGAUAAGAUCAACAAGGAUGCAAUAUAUGCUCGAUCAACUUUGCGACCUUCAACAAAGGGAACUAUUACUUUUUGAGACUAAUAAAUCACUGAGGACAAGAUUGGAGGAGAUCACUCAAGUUAGCACACAGCAAUUUUGGGAUCCAAAUAUAUCUCAAACAUUAGGGUACGACCGACGACCAGAUCAGCUGCAAGGAGAUGACUUCUACCACCCUUUGGAGUUUGAACCCACUCUGCAGAUCGGGUUUCCAACGACAUCUCUAGGUGGAAGUUAAGGGUGAGUUAAUCUCACAACUGAUAAUUAAAAUAAUAUUAAUGGAAAAAAUAUUAAGUGGUUGCUUUUGUAUGUAGUUUCAAGUUUUUAGAGUGAAUGAUUUGAACAACAGCAUAUCAAACUCUAUUUUAUGCACUUGUGUGGCUUGUUGGACUCUUUAUAAUGAAUCAAAUAUUUUAUCCACUUUUGUACACAUGGACUUGUUAUAAAUAGGACU